UUUUACGACCCUCUGCUGGACAACAUGAUGAGCAUCGCUCCUGUUGAACAGUGGAGGAAGAUUCGACCAGCUGCGAGUCCAGCAUUCUCGACUGGAAAGCUGCGAAAGAUGAACUCGUUAAUCGAGGACUGCGCGGUUAUGACCGCAGAACACCUGAAAAAGGCGGCGUCUAAUAGAGAAGACAUCGAUGUCAAACAGUUCUUUGGUCACUACACCUUGGAUGUCAUUGCGAGGUGCGCUUUCGCAACAAGGCUGGACUCUCACUCUGACCAGACCAACGAAUUCGUGACCAGAUCAAGGCAGGCCUUCUCUGGACGCAUCACACCUCGCCUUUUCUUGUUCUUCGUAUUUCCAGCCAUUGCAAAGAUCCUAAAACUUCGACCAUUCAACGCAGACAUCUUUCUGUACUUCAAGCAGAUAUGUCAGAACAUCAUUAAGGCCCGACAGGACAAUCAAUCCCGCCACGAAGACUUUUUGCAACUUAUGAUGGAUGCUCAAGAAGGAAAACUUGGGUCUACAGCAGAAAAUACCACUGAGAGGGACAACCAGCUCUUCAACCUUGGCUCAGAUGUCAAGCCAGAUACUUCGUUUUCGUCGAAUAAGACCCUGACUGAGGACGAGUCCAUGGCGCAGUGCGUACUGUUCUUCCUCGCUGGCCAGGACACAACCUCAACAGUGAUCUCGUUCACGCUGUACCUGCUUGCGAUUCACCCUGACGUGCAGGAGAAGCUGAGAGAGGAAGUCGACGAGUGUUUCAAGGUUCACGGAGAACACCCGAGCUUGGAUGUUGUCACAAAACUCAAGUACCUAGACUGCGUUGUCUCCGAGUCUCUUCGAAUGUAUCCUCCAGCGACGCGUAUUGAGCGAUCACCGUAUGAAGACUACGUUCUCGGAGAUACAGGAGUGAAGGUGAAGAAGGGCGAGUUGGUGGCCGUCCCCGUCUACUCCAUGCACUACGACCCGCAGUACUUUCCCAAUCCUGCGAAGUUUGAUCCAGAAAGGUUCAGUGACGAGAAUGUCGACUCCAUACAACCGUACACGUACCUGCCGUUUGGAGCAGGGCCUCGCAACUGCAUCGGCAUGCGGUUCGCCCUGCAAGCCGUGAAGCUGUCUAUCCUGCACACCAUCCGAAACGUGAAGGUGGUUCGGACGGAAAAGACAAAAGUGCCCCUGCAAUUCCAGAACGGAUUCAGCGUCCUGACAGCCAAAGACAUCACAUUAGGAAUACGGAAAAGGGGCAUCACGAAUAGCGGAUUGACCAUGGCGACCUUCCUGGGAUUACCGGAUUGGAUUAUCUUCGCGGCGACGGUCUGUGUCCUCUUAUAUCUGUAUGCAAGUCGGAAUCGCAACUACUGGAAGAACCAAAAUGUCACGUCAGAGCCAUUUGCCCUCAUAUUUGGCCCCACGUUGAAGCUCAUGUUCCAACCUAUUCAUUUGCUUGAUACUACCCGGUACAACAAGUACGGAAGAAUAUUCGGCACCUUUGAGACCGGCAAGAGCGUCCUGUUUGUAGCCGAACCUGAACUGGUGAAGCAAGUCAUGGUCAAGGAUUUUCCUGCACUGCCGAAUCGAAGGACGUUCACGUUCUCCGACCCCAUAUUGGACAACAUGAUGAGCACCGUUUCCGUGGAUAGAUGGCGAAAGAUUCGACCGGCCUCGAGUCCUGCCUUUUCCACUGGAAGGCUAAGAAAGAUGAAUUCCUUGAUUGAGGACUGCGCAGUGGUGACAGCACAACACCUGAAAGAGGCGGCGGCAAAGGAGGAGGACAUCGACAUCAAACAGUUCUUCGGCAACUAUGCAGUGGACGUAAUUGCAAGAUGCGCAUUCGGCACGAAGUUGGACUCUCACUCGGACCAGACCAAUGAGUUUGUCACCAGAUCACGACAGGCCUUCUCGGGACGUGUCACACCACGCAUUUUUCUCUUUUUUGUAUUCCCAGCCAUCUCAAGAUUACUUGGGCUGCGACCAUUUAAUACGGACAUAUUUCUCUACUUCAAGGAGAUAUGCCUCAACAUCAUCAAAGGCCGACAGGACAAACAAUUUCGGCACGAAGACUUUCUUCAACUGAUGAUGGACGCCAAGGAAGGAAAGCUUGCACCCACAGUAGAAAAUGCUUCUGAACGCGACAAUCAACUCUUCAACCUUGGUUCCGACCUGAAGCCCGACACGUCGUUUUCAUCGAAUAAAACAUUGACUGAGGAUGAAGCAAUGGCCCAAUGCGUGCUCUUCUUCUUCGCUGGCCAGGACACGACCUCGAGUGUGAUCUCGUAUACGCUUUACCAGCUGGCAAUUAACCCCGAGGUGCAGGAAAAGCUGAGGGAAGAAGUGGACGAAUGCUUCACUAUGCACGGAGAACAUCCCGGCUUGGAUGUGAUUACUAAACUGAAAUACCUACACGGUGUUGUCUCCGAGGCUCUUCGAAUGUACCCUCCAGCUACACGAAUUGAGCGAUCGCCAGUCGAGGACUACGUUCUGGGAGACACUGGAAUCAAAGUGAAGAAAGGAGACUUAAUUGCAGUCCCCGUCUACUCCAUGCAUCACGACCCGCAGUACUUUCCUGAUCCGUUCACGUUCAACCAAGAGAGGUUCAGCGACGAGAACAUGGAUUCCAUCCAGCCGUACACGUACCUUCCAUUCGGUGCUGGGCCGCGCAACUGCAUUGGCAUGCGCUUCGCUCUGCAAGCAGUGAAGCUUUCUGUGCUCUACACUAUUCGCAACGUCAAGGUGGUGCGCACGAAAAAAACGAAAGUGCCUCUGGAAUUCCAAAACGGGUUCAGCGUCCUCACUGCCAAGGACAUCACACUCGGAAUCAGGAAACGAGGAUAACAAGCGGGAUUUUCUCUCAAGUUAUUAAACGUGCAAUAACAUCGAAAACUGGUUUCCACAUGACCACCUGACGAAACUUUCCGCCUUACCGAAACAAAGCGACACCAAGCUAUUCUCUAGAAAGACAGCGUUAUCAAUGCAGGCGCAAGUUCCCUCCCGCAUUGCAGUUCCUAAUGUAUAGUAGCAACAUAAGUUAUUAUUAGGUUAAUAGAAUCAAGUACUAAAUUUAGUAAUUUGUUUUCUUUCCGCAGAUACAUGUAGCGCAGUUGACGUAUUUUUCAUCAGAUGCAGUUGCCAAAUACUGCACGAACACAGACUGCAAUGGAACGAAGAGUUUGGAAAUAAAACCUAGUAUUUAUUUUGCACAUUUCGAAAAGCGUUAUCUAACUGCCU